AUGGGAAAUCAAGUACGUAACACGGACACCUGGAAAUUUGUAUUUAGUCCGGAUUUUUCAACUUUUUCCAGAGGAAGAAGCAUGUCAUCAAAAACACAAAAGACUCCGAGUACACCAUCGAAUAGUGCUCAGCCCACAGCAUCUUUUGCUCAAGCGCUGAAUGCGACCGUGCCGAUAACGCUCACCUUACCUCGCAAAGGUAGAGCGAAAAAUUUGCUAAGAAAUUAUUAUGGAUUAGGUCCAGACGGCAAAAAAGCUGAUCCGUUGGAUAUUGUUCCAUGCUCGGCAUCUGAAUCUCCCAUCAUUCAAAUUUUGGAUGUAGAUAAUUCCGCUUUCGAGGCGGAUCAAUAUUUCAACAGCUUACUUGCUGAAAGGCACCUUUACGAGUUAAUGCAGAGAGACAAUGAUCUAAGCACAGAAAUUAGGCAGCUUGAUGGUGACAUGAAAACCCUGGUCUACGAGAAUUAUAAUAAAUUCAUUAGUGCCACCGAUACCAUAAGAAAGAUGAAGAGCAAUGUUGAAAGCAUGGAAUCUGAGAUGGAGCAACUCUCGAAAAGCAUGGCAAACAUUUCCGACGUUACCACAUCGGUGAACACUGCCCUAGGGUCAGGGCGUGAAAAGAUUCGUCAGUUGACCGGAGUUCAUGACCUAUUGAAAAAAAUACAAUUCAUCUUUGAAUUGCCGACAAGGUUGAAACUUUGCCUGGAUCAAAAAUCUUAUGCGCAGGCCGUAAGAUAUUACGCAAAGACAUCAAAACUUUUGGAGCAUUAUAGGAGUUUGUCGGUUUUUAACUCAAUUGAAAUGGAGUGUAAAGAAAUCAUGGAUAAGGUGACGAGGAGCAUCAAGGAGAAUAUGACCAAAGAGGAUGCAAGUGGAUCUGAAAUAACAGAUUGCGUGGGAUUACUAAUCACAUUGAAAGAGCCUCCCGAAGUGUUGGCCAAAGAAUACCUUGACCUUCAAUCAAAUUUCUUUGCCAAACUUCUGGUGGCUACAAUUGACAAGAUGUCGGAAUUCCGUCAAGAGCAGCGUGCGGAAGAAAACGACCUGAAUGAUCAGCCCGUAGAAAUGCAUCCUCAGAACCUAUCCAAACAAAAACUCGUAUAUUUAAAUGAAACUUUUUUGAAAGAAUUCAGCAGGUUUGUUGAUGCUUUCAAUUCGUUCUUUCUGCUGCCGCCAAGGGACAUCAAGGAUUCCAAAUCGCCGGGAAAAUCUCCUGCGAGGUCACCAAGAAAUCACGAUAUGCUAAAAUACGCAUGUGCGAAUGUGGAUGAGAAGGUCAAGGAAGUUGUUAGAAAGGAUUUCAUAGAGUUUUAUGACGCAACGAUAUCAGAAUAUUUGAAAAUAAUAGACGGAUUAUUGGAGUUUCCGAUGACCUUGUUCCAGGACGAUAUUUCGGUUUUUCACCCUGAAAAUCACUUGCAACUAUUGAACGAACUUUAUUUCGCAGUUCUAUCUUGUCAUAGUCUUUGUUCGAUUGGUAAAUUGGAUGAGAGGGUCAAGGGAAUAAUCGAAGUUUGGAAAAUAAAUAUUGGAAGGAAGCUGUUUGGAAAUGCCGAAGAAUUGUUGAUAGUAAUCGUGACACUAGUGAUGUCACGGAUGUUAUUAGAUUUUGGAGAAAUUUUUGUUGCCCAGGUGUACACUUCAUAUUCUGAUAGGUUAUAUCCUCGACGUGAUGGUAAUAAUAAUAUACUAGUCUCGGGUAUUUAUGGCGGAUAUGACGAGAAACAUAUCGUUGCCAAAGAGAUGGCCCAAGAUGUUAGGGAGGUCGUUGGACUUUGCAAAGACAGAACCUUGGAACGUUAUGUAGAAAUCGUGGGAAACAAACUAUCUAAGAGCAUUCGAGUUCUUUAUUCAUCGAAUCGCUCGGAACUUCAAAAUUCGAAUGAGGUCGAUGAUAAAGUAUCGACGGCAUCACAACCUAGUAAAGUAUCGGAAAUAUGGGUGAACAUUAUCUCCGAGCUGACAUAUAUUGAAAAGGAAGCAGUGAUGUUAUAUGGACCUCACGAUGAGGAAGAUGAGAACGUUAACGAAAAUUUAGGUAAAUUCGUCAUUGCGCUGUUAAUUAGGCCGGAUAAUGCACAGUCGACGCAUCUAGAUCCGUCGUCCGUCGUGCGUUCCACGGGUGAAGCAUCCUCGGGCAAUAAUGCGUUCCUGAAACCUCCAUACUCGCACUCAAAUUCUUCUUAUUCGUCAGUAAAUUCGGGUCAAGUUAAAGCGUCGCCAAAUCCAUUUGCCAGUCAAGUAAAUUUGAUGUCGCAUAUCGACAAAUUAUUUUCAGAUAGAAUUGAGGUGUAUGGGGUUGUGGAAUUUAGCAAAUUUGGAAUUAUCAUGGGUGUGGUGAAGAUCUUGUUAAAAACAUGGAUCGAGACCAUUAGGAUGCAUACAUUAACAAACCAGGUGUUUCAACAAAUUCAAAUUGACUCUGAAUAUAUGCGUGUUAAAUUAUGGAAAUUCGUUGAGGACGAAAGGUGA